CAAAUGACCCACAUGCCCUGAUGACUGAUUCUUGGAUUGGAUUGUGAUUGGUUGCUCUAAAAUUUAACCACCGUUUCUCAUUUAUUGCUUUGUUUUUCAGUUCAGUUCAUAUACUGACUCCACCUACACAACUUCCACUCUCCUUCAAAAGUUCCCGGAGAGGACGACACUGUGGAAAAAUAAUUCAAAAAAAAGAAAAGAAAUAUUGACCCAGAAAAAGAUUCUUUUUUUUCAAGAAAAUAUUUUGAUGGGGUUCAAAUCUUGGUUCUUCCUUAUAUUGGUUCUUGUUGUUGGGGUUCCAAUAUCAUCCUCUGUCCCCUUUAUUGUACUCCAUGGAAUUGGAGAUCAGUGUUCACACAAUGGAGUGAAACGUUUCACAGAGGAGCUAAGUGAAUGGUCCAAAUCUGAAGGAUAUUGCUUGGAAAUCGGAAAUGGAUCAUGGGACUCUUGGUUUAUGACUUUAGAGGAUCAGGCUGAUGUAGUGUGUAGCAAGGUGAAGGAAAUGAAAGAACUCCAAGAUGGUUACAACAUAGUUGGUCUCUCCCAGGGUAAUCUAAUAGGCCGAGCUGUUGUUGAAUUUUGUGAGGGAGGACCACAGGUUAAGAAUUUUAUUUCCUUAGGCGGACCUCAUGCUGGCACUGCUUCAGUUCCUCUCUGUGGUUCUGGCAUUUUUUGCAUUAUUGCUGAUAGUCUAAUAAAGUCAGAGAUAUACUCUGCAUUUGUCCAGGCUCACUUGGCCCCUAGUGGGUAUCUCAAGCUUCCAAAUAAUAUUGCUGGGUACAUGAAAGCCUGUCAUUUUCUCCCAAAGCUCAACAAUGAAAUCCCUAGUCACAGAAAUUCCACCUAUAAGAAACGGUUCAGCAGCUUGGAGAAUCUUGUCCUUAUCAUGUUUGAACAUGACACUGUUCUGAUACCAAGGGAGACCUCUUGGUUUGGAUAUUAUCCAGAUGGGGUCUUUGAACCUAUUUUGCCACCACAGAAGACUCAGCUCUACGCUGAGGAUUGGAUUGGUUUGAAAACCUUGGACAAUGCUGGAAAAGUGAAAUAUGUAAAAGUAGCUGGGAAUCACCUUCAAAUUUCUUCCAGUGAUAUGAGAAAGCAUGUUGUUCCAUACUUAGCAGAGAAUGCAUCAACCGACGGGAGCUCUUCAAUUGUGGAAACUGUGGCAACGAAUGAUUUGCAAGACGAGUUAUCAACCAUUUUUACAUUUGAAGGUUCCUCUUCUUAUAAUUGGCCUGCACCUGUCAAGAGCUUCUUCGCCGAUCUACUUGGUUUGGCCAUAGAUGAAUCAGUCCCUUAACCCUUCAUUUGGUUGUUUGAUUGUUGGAUGAUUACACGAUAUACAACUACAUUGAAAUAUAACAUGGCUUUGAUUGUAAGCUUUAUGUUAUCUUGUAUGUACAUGUAUGUGAUAUACUACUAAUAUCAGAUAGCAUUACUAGCAACUGUGUUGCCUUUGUUA